UAUUUUUCAAAUAUAGGCGGUUUUGAUGGGACGAGCAAUGUUCUAGCCGGUAAAUUGUUCAACAUACCGGUGAAGGGAACCCAUGCCCACUCGUACAUAACUUCGUUCACAUCGGUGGAGGAAUUACGCAGCACUCUGCUGCAGUGCAAAAAGACGUCCCACGCGAAGGACCUGCGCCAACUGAGCAUUGACUGGCGCCAGAAGUUGUCCACCCUGCUCGACAUCGGACCGGAGGAGGCGAGCGACGGCGAAUUGGCCGCGCUGAUCUCUUUCGCAAUUGCAUUCCCGGAUGGAUUCAUGGCUUUAGUCGACACGUACGAUGUGAAGAGGUAUCCUAGUCGCAUGACAAACCACAACAGCACAACGGCCACAUCCGAAAACAGUAACGUUUAUACAAAUAAUAACAGUUUAAGUAAAAAUCAUAACUACAAUAAUACAAAUACGACGAAACAAAGCAAUACUAUUGAGACUACGACGAAUAGCAGAGAUGUGGCCGAACGUAAUUACAGAUGCCAGUGCCAGCAAAUUAUAUACUCGUACAAUACAGAAUUGGUGGAAAAGACUUUGAGGAGUGGACUACUGAAUUUCUGCAGUGUUGCUAUGGCUCUCAAUGAUCUAGGGUACAAAGCUGUUGGUAUACGAAUAGACUCUGGUGAUUUAGCAUAUCUCUCAGUUCUGGCCAGAGAAACAUUUGAGAGGAUAGCAGAGAAAUACAACAUUCCUUGGUUUGCAAGACUCAUGAUAAUUGCAUCAAAUGAUAUCAAUGAAGACACAAUACUCAGUCUCAAUGAACAGGGACACAAAAUAGAUUGUUUUGGAAUUGGGACGCAUUUAGUUACAUGUCAAAGGCAACCAGCACUUGGUUGUGUCUACAAAAUGGUAGAAAUAAAUGGACAACCUCGAAUUAAACUCAGCCAGGAUGUUGCUAAAGUUACAAUGCCAGGUCGUAAGAAUGCCUAUCGUUUAUAUGGGGCAGAUGGACAUGCCCUUAUUGACUUGCUUCAAAGAACUCACGAACCCGCACCAAUGAUUGGACAAAAGGUAUUAUGCAGACACGCAUUCCAGGAAUCAAAAAGAGCUUAUGUAAUUCCUUCUAGAGUUGAAGCCCUUUAUAAGUUGUACUGGAAAGAUGGUCAUAUAUGUCAACCUUUACCAACACUUAUAGAAGUUAAAAAUAGAGUGCAGGCCUCACUUAAAACCUUGAGGCAGGAUCUUAAAAGGAAUCUCAAUCCAACUCCAUAUAAGGUGGCAGUAAGUGAUGAGUUAUAUAGUUACAUUCAUAAUUUGUGGCUUCAGAAUGCACCGAUUGGGGAAUUAUCAUGAUAAUCAAAUUGGAAGAAAUCAUUUAACAUAUUAUUGAAAUGUUAUGUACUUAAAAAUGUGCCUCAUAUGGAAAUAAUAGUCAUGCAGUUGAAAGUCAUAUCACUUACGCAUGCAUAUACAUGGUAG